UCACUCGCAAAUGUUUUUUACUGAGAGAAAGACGCGGCGACUUGAGAAGGAAGAUUAUAAGCUUUGUUUGGCUUUGCAAAUUUAUAUCCAUUUAAUUCGGCAAAAAUAGUGCGUUAUUAAUUGGUAAAAAAAGAUAUAAAACAAAAAUAUAAACAAAUGACAAAGUGAAAAGGUCAGUCCGCGUAGAUUUUCGAAAAAACUAAGCUGAGAAGGCGUGUUCUCUUCUUCGGUUGUCGUUGUCGUAAGACAUCGGUGGUUUUUCCUACUUCAUUUGAAUGCAAGGAAAAAAGCAACAACGACAAUUCGUUACGAGAUUUUGGUGUUAAACAAUGAAUGAGUGGCUACAACAACAGCAACUAACAAUUUCUCAAGAAAUUAAAACCAAAAGCGCUUAGACGGCAACGAAUAAGGUUACAAUACAAAGGGGAAAGCAAUUAACAUCAAACUACAACAACUCGAACAAAGUGGUGACCAUCAACUCGCUCACAGUAGUCAUCCCAGAAAGUACUACCAACAAUCAACCACUCCAUCAAAAUUCCCCAUCGAAGACAAGUACAAGAACGACGAGGAGUUAUUGCCAUCAUCCCAUCAUUUCAUUUCUCUCUUGGCUUUUGUUUUUCUUUUCGAUCAAAAAGUAAACAAAUCAAAAUAGAAUAGUGUUGAGUAAAGUAGAAAUUUAAAUGAAGAAAGGAGAAGAAGAAAAUUAAAUAGAUAACAACAACAGUAACGGAAUUCAAAAGCCAAUGAAGAUAAGCCAUAAAAAAGUGUGUGAAUCAUAGGUUUUACAAAAAACAACAACAAAACUCAAAUAAAUCUUAAAGCAACAAAAACGAGAAACAAAAAACGCGUUUAAACCACAACAGUUUCGUUGAAACGAAAUACAAAAGCCAACAAUUUUCAAUCAUUUUUCGUUGUUAUUUUUGUUUUAAGAAUUGCAUGUUUGUGACUUUUUGUGAGUUACAUUUUCCAUCUUAACUGGUCGUUCAUCGUUUUUUUCACUUGUUUCACGAUCGAGUUGUGCUAUUUAAUUGUGGUCUUUCGGUCUCCAUUACAAGCUAACAAUCAUCGUCCAAAGCAUUGCAUUUAAUAUUGCAACAUUUCUGGUUCUUGGCUAAAAAUCUACCAAAACAACGUUAACAACAACAGCCAGCAACAAAGCUGCACUGGCUGCAGCUGCACAACAACGAGUGGAGAGAGAAGCAGAAUCGGGAAUACUAGUGUCGUAAACUAUUUGAAAACUGUUGAGGCCAACGUUGAAGUUUGAGUUUUCUUGUUGCCAUUUUGCCACAUCAAUUUUCAAUAUGGUCGAUGCCACAAAAUGUAGCGGUAUAACCGCUAUUGUCGUAUACGAUUACACCGCCAAGGAGCCGGAUGAACUUGAUCUAGUAAAAGAUGCAAUUAUACACAGUAUUAAACAAAUGCCUGGCGGCUGGUGGGAGGGCACUCUACAGUCAUCUGGCCAAACAGGAAUGUUUCCCGAUAAUUUUGUGCGUGUCGUCGACAUGAACGAGGAUAAUACUGUCGUCUUGAGAGACAAAACAUCGACCAGUAAUCGGCGCUGUAAAGUUAUCUACAGCUAUACGAAAGUCAAUGACGACGAGCUGUCACUGGCUGUGGGUGAUGUCAUUGAAUUCCUUGGGGAGGUCGAAGAAGGCUGGUGGCGUGGACGUCUUUAUAAUCGAGUUGGCGUUUUUCCUUCAAAUUUCGUUAAAGUCAUAGAACCAUCACCGGUGUUUGCCAGCAAACGGCCACCAUCUUUGGCGAAAACAACAACAACAGCAGGCGCUGGCAGUGGGACUGUGCUGGGCUCCACAUCAAUAUUGAACACACAAACCGCAGCAUCUAACGUGGCGUCGGCUGCAACAUCCACCUCCACCUCGACAACGAAGAAAUUGAACCGCCUUAGUUUUCAUAAUUCCAAAGAGGAUCUACUCAAUUCAGACACCACAAUUGCGGCCAACUCUACAACACUGACGGCUGCUGCAGAUGAUGUGGCUCCGAGUUUACCACCGAAACCCCAAAGAGAGUAUUGUCGUGUGGAAUUUCCCUAUGCGCCACAAAAUGAUGACGAAUUGGAGCUAAAAGUGGGCGACAUCAUUACCAUUCACAGUAUGGAGUUGCCCGAUAAGGGCUGGUGGAAAGGUGAACUGAGAGGCAAAGUUGGUGUAUUCCCCGAUAAUUUUGUUAAGCUUAUAGCACCGACCGAAGUUUCGCCUUUAAAUGACACACAACAAACGCAACCUCAGCAAAGCCACAGGACUGCCAAAUCAUCAAAUCUUACGACGACGACCUCCACCACCAUUACCAAUAAUUUGGGCACUGCCACCACCCAUACCGGGUCAACGACAUCAACGGUAAAAACUCAAAUCAAAAAGUCUGGCAGUUCUUCAUCGACCCAAUCGUCAAAUCGCAAGGAUAGUUUUGGUUCGCGUGAUUCCCUUAACGAUAUUCUAUCGGAGACCGGUUUGCCGACCGGCAAUGUAGCUGCCCAACGCAAAUCGCUGGAGAACAAAAACUUAGAUUUGACCAAUACAUCCGAUGUUGCGACACGCUUGGCACUUAAAAAACAACAGCAAAUGCAUACCCAACACCAGGAAACAAAGGUAGUUACAUCGUCGUCGAUUAGUAGCAGCAACAAUACGAAUACCACCAUUACUACCUCGUCAAUAGGAGCCACAAGUGAGCUACGCAAAAGCAUGGAGAACAUGGACGAAAAAUCAACAAAGACUACACCGCCAGUACUUAAUAAAAAGCCAACUUUACCCGUUAAGAAGACCACAACUGUGACAAGCAUUACAGGCAAUAUUUUAUCUGGUAUAAAACAAAAGGUCAAAAGUGUCGAAAACAAAUUAACGACAGCAGCAUCACAUGACUAUGCCGACGGUGUUGGUAGUAGUAAAUUAUCCCCAAGUGCUGUGGCAUCCGACAACAGCGGCGUAGUUAUGAGAAGAGCCGCCACAAUUGCUGCUGAUUCUGAUUUUGACCGUGUUGAACGCGGUUCAAUCUUAACUGAUAUGCGCGCUGGACGCGUUAAGGCGCCAAAGCGUAGACCACCAUCGGCAGCCAUUAGCACAAUGGGCGAGAGCAAUAACAAUUCAUUGUAUGUGAACGGCAAUGGCAGUGAUACGGCACAGAGCGAUGAUCAACUUAAAUCCGAUGAUAAUUCGACGGGAGAAGAACAAUUGGCCAAACCAAAACCUCGCGAAUGGGAAAAGAAAAAGGCUCCUUGGAUGGAAGAAUUGAAAGCAUCACAAGUGAGAAAGAAAACAUCUCCGAAUGUUGAUGGUGGUGCGGGUACCUCGGGUAUUUUAUUGGCUGAUCGCACCUCAAAAUUGAUCAGCGAAGACAUCAAGACUACCAAUCAAACAGUAUCGAGUACAAACUCCUCACUGACGGCUACGUCGUCAACAAAAGUGCAAUCCUCAUCGGUUUCCAGUACUAGUAUAAUGCAACAAUCAAUGGUAGUGGAGAGUAGUAGUAGCAGUAGCUCCAGCAGCAAUGUAACCAAUAAAACUCUCACCGAUGCCAUGACCAAGAGUUUAAGUGCUAAAAUGGUCAGUGAUGCAGCCGCUGUGCUGGCAGCAGCAACCUCCACAAAUAAUAAUGCCUCAACCGUCGCCACCAGCUCAACAACCUCCAACACGGGCGUGGACGAUGUCAGAAUUCGGCCAAAUAGUUUAUCGAUACGUAAUCGCAGUGCCUCGCCUUCAAUGGGUGGAGCAUCUCGAAACGUUUUGAAAAUGACCAACACCACCUCCGUUUCCCCCGCCGAUGCGACCAGCAGCAAUACACAUCACACCAAUUCGCAUGCACCAUCUUCUGUUGCCAAAACCACCUCUUCCUCCACAACCUCCUCCGAUGUUCCCACCGUUGUUAACAAUCAUCAUCAUUCACAUCACCCAAUGGACAAUAGUCACACCGCCACAGCUACCUCCUCCAAACAGCAGCAAGUGGAUGGUAAACGGGUGUGCGACUUGGAAUCCCGAGUGGAAAAAUUGGAAAAGUUGGUCCAUGCACAACAGCGUACAAUAGACGAUCUUGUACGGUCAUUACGUGAAGAAAGUGAUCGCAAUAAAAUUCUUCGUGCUGAAUUGGAUAAAUAUGCACAGAAACCUACACGUCGCGGCAAAUUUGACAAUUGGAUGUUCUAGGAAGAUUUUUCAUCGAAAUUUCAUAUUUGAUGUAGACUUAAAAACAACAAAAACAAACAACAUAGAACUUUUCGAAAUGUGUAUUGUUCAAUUAUUAAAAAUAUUUUAAUUUCAUGCUUAAAUGGCUUUAAUUAAAAUUAAAUAUGUAUUUUACUAAAUACACAAAAUAUAUACAUAUUUGUAGUUAUGAUAAUCCUUAUACAUUUAUAUAUACAUAUAUUUAGAGAAAAAGAACAACACAAACACAUAACAAAUUAAUACUCGUACCAAUCUAUGUGAUAUUCAGUUAUCAUUUUUUUUAAUUAUUUAUUAUAUGAAAAUGAAACAAAUAACAAAACUCAAUUUAACACUGAAAUACUUAACAGACACAUAAGAAGAAAAAAAAAAACAAAA